UCCAUCUUCCUACUAAUGCCACAUUUUCCUGUCCUGACCAUUUGUUUUUUCCCCUUUCUGAAUAUCCUCUACUUACAGUAAUUAGUUAACAGCUUCUUCUGCCUCUUCUCACUCUCUCAGUGUAUUUUCAGGGGCGGAUCUUCCCAACGUGGUUAAUACAGAUGCCAUUUUACAAUGACCUUCUCAAGUCAUGACAGGACUAUGAUUUUCAAGGCUGGGGGAUUCCAGCCACCCUCAUAUCUAUAACUGUGCACCUAGCUACAAGUGACACUGGUACCCUGAGGAAGUCACCAGCAAUGUAUUUCCUUUCGGCUCAUGACACUUAGGACUACGUGGUGUCACAGGCAGCUUCCUGAAGUGUCUACAGAACAGCCUGCGAGCGCGGCACAAGUCGGAGUGCCUUAUCAUCUCCUCUGCAACAGCCAGGGAAAAAAAGAAGAAAAACACAGCUGGAAAGAAAUCAUGGAAGAUCAUAGAGACUGUCUGACAGCCAUAAAGGAUAAUGCCACCAUUUGCACAGACAUUUCCUACAAAGACAGCAAGACACUUCUCAUUGCUGUUUACAGCUUUGUUUUUGCAGUCGGCCUUCCAGCAAAUUGCAUAACUUCCCUGCUUACAUUUAUGCAAAUCCAAAGGAAUAAAGUAGUUGCCAUCUACAUUUUCAGUUUAUCAUUGUGUGAGCUGAUGUAUUUAAGUACCUUGCCUCUCUGGAUUAUCUAUGUGCAAAAUGAGCACAAAUGGUACAUGGGUGAACAGAUUUGCAAAAUAACAGGAUUCAUUUUUUUCUGUAACAUAUACAUCAGCAUUCUGCUUUUGUGCUGUAUUUCUGUGGAUCGCUAUGUGGCAUUGGUGUAUGCUCUGGAAUCAAGGGGAAGAAGAGAACGGAAAAAGGCAAUCAUAAUAGUAUGCUUUCUCGUUGCUGUGGUUACAAUAAUCCACAGUCCAGUAUUUAGCAUGAAGAGUAUACAUAAUGAUACCUGCUUCGAGACUUUACCCCUUGACAAAAAACUGGCUUCUUUCGGCUUUGCCAGGUUCCUAUUUGGAUUCGCCAUACCUUUCAUGAUCCUCAUUUUCACAAACUACAAAAUUUUCCAAAGUACAAAAACAAGUACCAGCUUGACUUGUCGCCAGAAAGCCAAAGUGAAGUAUCUGGCAAUUGCCAUUAUUGUCAUUUUCCUGAUCUGCUUUUCUCCCUACCAUGUGGUACUCUUAAUAAGGUCUGUAUACUUUCUGCUUCAUACAGAUUGCUCAUGUCCAUUUGAAAAAGACAUAUACCCAGUUUUUACAGUGUUUCUGUGUUUAUCCACUGCAAACAGUGUUGCUGAUCCAAUUAUUUACGUGCUGGUUAGUGAAAACGUCAGAAAAGACAUUUUAAGGAGUGUGAGAAGAUGGAGGUCAAACUCAUCCAGGUUCAACUCAUCUGUUAGUCAUAAGACUGAGAGCACCAAACUGAAAACAUCAAAAGAAUUGCAGGAAGGAGCACAAAGAGAAGAAAACAAAGAAAUAGAAAAUUCAUCCCACAUUGAAAAGACCUGUCAUACCAGCAAAGACCCAGAAGGUGGUAGCUAGCAGGUCGCUGCUGCAGCUAGCUGCUGACAGCACAUAAGUUCCAAACUUGAGCUGCAGACUGCAUGCUGCAGCACACCAGUAUUUACAUGCUGACGUCUGAAGGAAGGUAUUUUUACACGAGCCAGCAACUCCUAGAGGACUCUACAGGAAUGAUGCUUCUUAUUUAUGUUUCUCUCCUACGAUAAAGGUUGCCCACCAGUAUCAUCAACGCAAACCUUGCUUUGUGAAGGACGUGUGGAAUAAACUGUGAAAUUUACUUUGACUCAAACUGAAGUCUUAAAAGCUUAUUUUUUUGGAACUGCUCUUCUCCUUUCACAAACUGAGAAGCAGUUUUAUCUGAGUUGGACAAAAAAGAAACACCGUACCUAGGAAAACAAUGUAAGGCCCAUUCUUCUGGUUGAAAUUACUAGUUCUCGAGAAGGUACAUGUUUAGAUUCUCAUACACAUGCACCGUAGUUAACGUUUGCGGUUAACCAGUGGAAAAUAUUAAAAAUGAGGAAGUCUUUCAAUAAGAGCCUUGAAAAUGUUCCUAAUGCAAAAGUAUGCAGCUUAAUCUAGCUUGCACAUUCUGAAUAUAAUAGAGGGCAAAAUAGUGUCCUGAAAACACAAAGCAACAGUACUUCUACAGUAUUACUUGAGAAACGGCACUGUCCUGAUAUUCUUAAAAAUGUACGUUUCUAAUGCUUAAUAUUUUAGAAUUAGUAGAUUUUACUUGUUUUGCAGUAAAUUCUGGAAUGCACUGAAGUAUACAGAAAAUGUAAAAAUUUCCAAGUGGAACUGGGGACUGUUCUUAUGCCAUCUCUGAACAUUUGUUGAAGUUGUGUUUCAUUUCUGACUAAGAUAACAUUUCCCUCCCGGUAUUGAUCUGUUGUUUGUCUUAGUGUGUAGGAGUCUAUACAGGAGGUAAGAGCCUUAUAGAAAAAUGAAGGGUAGAAGCAUGGAAAAUGUAGUUCCAUAGAGAGGGACUCCCUUGGACAUGCUGGUGGCGCAUAACGAGACAAUGCUGAAUAGAUUUUGUUGUUACUGCCUCUGCUUUUGUUGUGAAUAAAUUACUGAUGGCAGUAUCCUGUGCCUUCAAACCAGAAAUUACAAAAUAAGAAUCAUAUAAACCUGCCACCUGGCAAGAUUUAACUGAACACUUUCUUCGUAUUUUUAUGUGAUCAAAAUAAAACAGGAAAAGAUCAUGAACCAAUUACAUGUUUAUUUGAGUUCAAGUUUCUGAAGUGUUCCAUGGUGUCAUUCUGCUUUAUCUGCAAUGUUGUAUUUCAGUAAUAUUUUUUAAAUGCCAUUAAUGUCCACAUUUCUAAAUCAAACUAAUAUUAGCCAAGGUGAAUGUAAAUAUUUGUUAAUGUUUUAAAAUGUCAUAGAUAUUUCUGUACUUUAUGCUUGAUUCUUACACACUUUUUGAAAGAAGCAUUGUGCCAAAAUGGCAUUUCCUCAAGUUACUGUAUUUAUGAUGUAUUUAAUUUUUGGAUUAUUUAACGACUCCUCUGGCACCUUCCUAUGAAAUGUCUGUGUCCUCAAAAAUUGUUCACAUGGUACUGAAUGGACUAGAAUAUUGUUUCUAGGAAUAAUGUGAAAUUCUGUUGUGAUGUUAAUUAACAAACAGUGUUUCUCUAUUUCCUUAUGUUUCCUAGAGAUCAAACUCUCUAAGGAGAGAAUUGUGAAGUGCUGAAUACCUGCAACUUUGCUGAAAAUCAGACUUUCCAUUACUAAAAAAAAAAAAAAAAAUCAGUAGCAGGUGGUGCUCAUAACAGCCCCAGUGGUGUUGGUUAAUCUCUGAAGAUGUGUAUGCAAACUGCACCAACCUCAGGAUUUUCGUAGUCUGAAUGUAAAACUUUGAUGAAUAACAGCAGUGAAUUUGGAAGAAACCAAAGAGACAGACUUCUGAACUGACUGAAAUGGAUGCAAAUUAGAUAUUCACCCUGAUGAAUUUAGAAAUCGCUCUUUGAUGUUUUUUCUCAGAUAAAGAGUGAUUGUAUUUAGACCAAACAAUAUCGGAGUCCAGGGCCACGGAAGCAGGGGACAGGAAUUAGCAGGGUUCGAUGCAACAACAGUAAUUCUUUUUCCUUGCCUAAUUUACUUGCUGUUCCAAGUUACUUUAUCAUUGUGCAUCUUCUCUUAAAUAAAAUCCUUGGAGCAUCUGUGUCCAGACAGGCUCUGAAAUAAACCCCUCUGCAGCUUGAUCUAACUUCAGAGAUGACCUACAUGAUCUCCAGGGGUCCCUUCCAACCUAAAUUUUUCUGUGACAGAAUGUUGAAGGGAUUACAGGGGCCAGGUACCAAGCAACGUAUCCAAACGGGAAACUGCAAAAUCCUAACUUUUUUAGAGUUAUAAAUAGAAAAAAAAAAUUAAUGGCUGAGAGAAGUCACCAAGAAUGCUAUUUUCGUGUUGUUAAAAUCAGGUACACUGACUGUUCCCAUGUGGUAAGUUGAAGCCUGUUAUCUCAGUGUUUUGUCACACAGCAUCUGAUUAUGCCAUAGGGUAAAGGAAGAAUCUCAGUGCUGGGACGCUGGCUAGAGACCCAGCAAAGGACACUAUUAGGAUCUGAACGGAUCUGAAAGGUUGAUUGAAUGUGUGGAUCUUUCCAUCAUUCCCUCCUGGAAGGAAAAUCCAGUGAGCCUGCAGGGAGUACUUCACUCUGUGAGGAACAAUUCACCUACUACAUCUUAUCUGCGGUUCUCAGCCCAGCUGUUUGGAUCUGCCCCUGAUAACCUGCCAGCUUUCCCAACUCAUCUUAAGCUAUAAGAUGACUUGGAGAGAGUAGAGAACCAAACCUGAGGCUGCAUCUUCAGAUGGACAGGUUUC